AUGAGCAACGACUUCUCCCCAGCAGGGACACCCCAUCGCGACCGGUCCCCCAAACGCAAGCGCUUCUCUCCCACCCCUACCGACCCCUCCGCCAAACUCCAAUAUGCCUACGACGAAGACCAAGACGUCCCUAGCGACGCUGAUGAAGCCUUCCACACCCCUGCCUCCGCCUUGAGCCCGAAUGGCACAACAGUUACGCCAAAACGACGCAAGACCUCUCCCACGCGACCGCGCAGCCUGAACUACCGCCCACACUUUACCCUUCACGGCCACAAGCGCGGUAUCUCCUGCGUCAAAAUCUCUCCCCGCGGCCACCUCAUCGCAUCCGCCUCCGCCGACUCUACGAUCAAACUCUGGGAUGCGCGAACAGGAGCGCUACAACAUACGCUUGAAGGCCACUUGGCGGGGAUCAACACGAUAACAUGGUCGCCUGACUCAAGGGUUCUCGCGUCUGGCAGCGAUGACAAGCUGAUCAGAUUUUGGGAAGUGGAAUCAGGAAAAUGUUUGGAGACGGUGUUGGUCGGCCAUCAUAACUACGUCUACUCGCUUGCGUUCGCGCCGAAGGGGAACAUGCUAGUCUCUGGAUCUUACGAUGAGGCGGUAUUCUUGUGGGAUAUCCGGACGGCAAGGCUCAUGCGUAGCUUACCAGCGCACUCGGAUCCAGUGAGCGGAGUGGACUUUGUUAGAGACGGGACACUGAUCGCGAGCUGUUCGAGUGACGGGUUGAUCAGGAUCUGGGACACGGGGACAGGGCAGUGCUUGAAGACGCUGGUUCAUGAGGACAACGCUGCGGUGACGAGCGUGAAGUUUAGUCCCAACGGACGGUAUGUGCUGGCUGCGACGUUGGAUAGUAAUGUGAGGCUGUGGAAUUAUGUGGAUGGGAGGGUGGUGAAGACGUACCAGGGUCAUAAGAAUGUGAAGUACAGCAUCAAUGCUUGCUUUGGGACUUAUAGCUCUAUGGCUGCGAUGCUGGAAGAGGCGGGAAGUCCAGAUGGAGAAGAUGAGGGGGAAGACGGUGAGCGAGACUCGCGAGCGAAGAAGCAGUGGGCUUUCGCAGCCAUUGGGUCCGAAGAUGGCUCAAUCGUACUCUGGGACGUUUCGUCAAAGGAGAUGCUGCAGCGCAUACCCGGCAAUGGAACUCCUGUGUUAGCCGUGGACGUUGGGAUGGAGGACCAGACCAUUGUUUCGGGAGGGCUGGACUGCUGUGUCAGGGUAUGGAAGCGUGGGCUCGGAGACGCAUCGGAGACGACGAACGGUGACGGAGCUAUAGAAGAGAAUGGAACUGCGCACGUGAACGGACAGACGGAUGCGCAGGAGAACGGUGGGGACGUUGUCGUUCCGAUCGCUAAUGGCAAUGAAGAGUCGACCACGGAAGCUGUUGACGGAGAUGGCGCGGGCGAUGAGAUGGAGAAGGCUAUGGCGAUGGUCUUGGAAUGA